AUGUCGACCCCCUCCACCGCCACGGCGACGCUCCCGCCUCAUCAUCAAUUUUAUUCUCACCAUCAAACAUACCAACCGAAUUCGUCGAAUGCCCAGAUCGCCAACGGCUCUGCUCGCAUAGGCAAUUCGCUGUAUAACGGCUACGCUAGCGGCACCUCGAGUGCAGAUGUCCGUCGAACCGCGACUGCCCACACCAGACAGCCACCACAGCUGCCGCCCCUCACACAGGUGCCCGCGCUCGACAUGGACGCGAAUUCUGCGAGUGCGGCCCACAGGCGGCCGAAUACUGACUGGGCUGCCUUCUAUAAAAACGGCCUGCCAAAAGAGAUCAUCGUCAUUGACGACGACGACGACGACGAUGCAGACCCUGCUGCUGCUCCUGCACCACCGCGCCAGCCAGCACUGACCAGAACCGCGACAAAUGGCUCCGCACGGCACACAGACAAGAAGCGGAAAACAACGGCUUCCACAGCCUACGACCCGGUCUACAACCAGCACACUUCCUACUCGACUACGCAGACGCCCUACUACGACUCGCCCAACCAAUCCACAUCGACCGACAGGACAACUUCUGCAAUUAACACGACUGCCCCUACCUCGCUAGGGUCGCAGGUCAGCAAUGGACAGCAGAUCUCGCCUCUCGACAACAGCGCGGUGGGCCAGAAGCGGAAACGAACGCGUGCGGUAGUACAAGACGAAGUAAAACAGGCCAAGCGGCGAGAGCUAGACCACGACGAAAAUCCCUUCAGCUUGUACCAGCCACCACCCAAUCCCAUCGUCAAGGCGAAGGAUGUCUAUGUGCAAGUUGUCACGGAUAAAUCGUAUACGAAGGACCAGAAGGUAGACGAUGAAGACGGUCAUUACAUAGUAGUACCCGAGGCCGACCUCACAGAGCGAUACCAGAUCACAAAGCUUCUUGGCCAGGGCACGUUCGGCAAAGUCGUGCAGGCCUAUGACAAGCGGAAAGGUACCAACUGUGCCAUCAAGGUCAUCCGAUCUGUGCCCAAGUACCGUGAUGCUAGCCGUAUCGAGCUGAGAGUACUCUCAACACUGGCAUCCAACGACAAGCACAACAUCAACCGGUGUAUACACUUGCGAGACUGCUUCGACUUCCGGAAUCACAUUUGCAUUGUCACAGACCUCUAUGGGCAGAGCGUGUUCGAUUUUUUGAAGUCAAACGGCUUCGUUCCCUUUCCGAGCUCUCACAUUCAAAAGUUUGCGAAGCAACUGUUCACCAGCGUCGCGUUCCUGCACGACUUGAAUCUUAUUCAUACCGAUCUGAAGCCGGAAAAUAUCCUGCUUGUCAACAACAACUACCAGACGUUUACGUACAACCGCACAGUACCUUCAUCGUCGACAACGGUCAACCGGACCGCACGGCAUCGCAAGGUUCUUCUCGACCCAGAGAUUCGUUUGAUCGAUUUUGGCUCAGCAACCUUCAAUGACGAGUACCACUCGUCCGUUGUGUCGACACGGCACUACCGUGCACCAGAGAUUAUCCUCAACCUGGGCUGGAGUUUUCCUUGUGACAUCUGGAGUAUAGGCUGCAUUCUGGUCGAGUUCUUCACCGGCGACGCCCUGUUCCAGACGCACGACAAUCUCGAGCAUCUAGCGAUGAUGGAGGCCGUGUGCAGUGGCAAGAUCGACCGUGAUAUUGUCCGAGCCGUCUAUAAGCAAGACCGCGGAUCUUCACGCAAUUCAGCCAACUCCGCUGCGAGAUAUUUCAAAAACUACAAGCUGGAUUACCCGAAUGCUGAAACCAACAAAGCAUCGAAGAAGUAUGUCAAGGCAAUGAAAAAGCUCCCUCUGAUCAGACAGGAAACGAUACCUGGGCACACGGACUUUAACCGGCAGUUCCUCGAUUUAUUACGGCGGAUAUUCGUCUACGAUCCCAAGAGGCGGAUCACAGCCAAGGAGGCGUUACAACAUCCAUGGUUCAAGGAAUCACUCAUGGAUGACGGGACGGAGGCUCAUAAAAUCCGGCUCGAAAGGGAAAGAAAGGCUCGCCGAGUAGAGGAGGAGCGACGGUAUCGGGAGCAGCGAGCAUACUGA